AAGAGAAGCCAACACCACUUGGAAGAUUGUCGUUAUGGAGUGUGCCUCAAGCGAUGUCAAUGGUUUGAGCAAUAUUCACUUGCAACGACUAGAGAAUAAGACAAGCUGGGCAAUGCUGGAUUUGGAAGUUCUCCACUGCCCUAUUUGCUUCGAGCCACUCACUAUUCCAAUCUUCGAGUGUGGUAAUGGACAUUUAGCUUGCUCUUCUUGCUGUCCCAAACUUAGUAAUAAGUGCCCUUCAUGUGCUUUACCUAUUGGCCACAAUCGCUGUAGAGCAAUGGAGAGUGUACUUGAGUCAGUUUUUGUCCCAUGCCAAAACGCAGAGUUAGGUUGCACCAAGAAUGUCUCUUAUGGGAAACAAUCAUCCCAUGACCCGGAAUGCAUCUUCUCUCGAUGCACAUGCCCCGCACAAGGAUGUAACUUCACUAGCUUAUACAAGGAUCUCUACGGUCACUAUAAGUCUUAUAACCACCACCUUCAAAGCGACGAGCAAGAAUACAUCCUUCUUGCAAUAGUUUUAUACGCUGCAAUAAUGGUGAAAGAAGCUACAAGCAUUCCCGUUUGCAACAUCGACACAAACGACUUGGAGAAAUGCCGUCUAGCCCUCACUGGAAACAACCCUCCACAUCCGAGACCGGACUGCUGCGCAGUGGCCAGAGCUGCUAAUCUACAAUGCCUCUGCCCGUACAAGUCUUAUCUCUCCACUUUUGGGAUAAACCCAUCUAGAGUCAGGCCUCUUCUUGCCAAUUGUGGUCUAAAGAGUCCUUCCUGUUUCUAAGCUUGAAGAACUGAGCUGAAGACAAGCCGGUCUGCCGCAGACUUUGUCUUGCCCUCAAGUCUCUAAGCUAUAAUAUGUCUUGUGCUGUUCUAAUUCGAAUAAAUAUCAACUUUGCAAUGCUUUUUCAGUCACCUUAUCUAUUAUAUAGAUGAACCAUGUUCUACAUAUUAAUGAAAUGAAUAAAGUACUGGUUUUACG